AUUUUGAAGAUGAUGAUGUGUAUGGCCAAUCAGUAGAAGAUGAUUAUUGCAUUUCUCCUUCAACAGCAGCUCAAUUUAUCUACUCCAGACGAGACAAACCAGCAACAUUUGCUGAGCCAUUAGAAGAAGAAUAUGGCUGUGAAGGUACAGAUGAUACUGCUGAUUAUUUUACGUCCAGUCAUCAGUUGACUGAAGUUGAUAGAGCCCGUCUUAAUUCAUGCCUUGAUCAAAUGAGAGAAGUUUUGGCAGAGUCUGUACCAGAGCAAACAAUGGUGCAAGCAGUACUGGAUAGUAAAUUUGAUGUACAGAAGGCUUUGGAUCUUGUGCUUUCACAAGGCAGUAAGCAAAAUGUGAAGACCAAGAAUGAGGACACUGUGAUUGUAGGAAAGACGACAAAAGAAAUGUGUAUGGAUACAGACAGUUCCUCUUGUGCAGUAGAAAAUGUUGCUGACAACACCAACAAACCUGGGUUUGGAAACUUGGCAGCCAAAAGUGGUUCAGCUUGUUACUCUCUAAUUACAAAUGACAGAAUGCUCCUUAAUGCUGAAAAAUCCGAUAUACCUACAUCUGAAAGGAAAGGAUUGAAAUCCUCUUCACUUGUGUCAUCUUCUUUCAGUGAUGAUUUAUGUAAAGGAUUGUUUUGUGAACCUGUGAAUAAACAGGCAGAGAAUCAACUAUCAGAAAGUGCUAAUACAGUAAGUUCGAUUCCUGACAGUGAAGAUGUUUACUUUAGCAUAGGAGGUAACCCAUCUGGAAAUUCUUCCUUUAAGAAGUCGGAAUGCAAGGAAAUACAGGACUUGAAAUCCUUGCUGAUGCAGAAUGUGGUUUGUGAUUCUCUGAGUCCUGAAGACAGCGUUCCUCUUGUUUCCUCAAAUACUCCUGAUUGUAAUAGUAAUGCAAAUUUUUGCAGUCCUCCGUGUUUAACUAGUGCUUUAGGAAAACUGGCUCUUGAUAACGAAGUCAGUCAUAGUGUAAAUAGAAAGAAUGAACGUCUUGCAAAUUAUUCUUCGCUUGUGCAAAGUACAAAACAAGAAAGCCCCUCUUCAGGCCUGGCUGCUUUGCCAGUGUUAGGGUCUGGAAGUACAUCAUUGGCUGACUUACUUCAGGAGCACCAGGAAAGCAGUGCUAGCCACUGUUAUUCUUUGGCUGAUCUUUAUACCCAGUCAACAGCAAGUCUCACCGAUAGGAAAUUGGGAACCUCAUCCUUAUCAGAACUACUAAGUCAACCCCAAACUUCAGGUGGGAUGCCAGAGCUGACAGGAUCUUUGUCUUCUCUAGCCCUCUCUAAAGUUUCUCCGCUAAAGGAAGUUGAGAAUUUAUCACUUUCGGAUUUAAUAGCAGAGACUAUUGAAGUAGAUAAAACUCAGCAAAGGACAGACUUCCCCAUGCUCAAUGUAACUGAGCUGAGGCCCCCUAAAAGAACCUACAUUGAUUUAAGCGUCCUUGUAAAAAAUGCAGGUGUAACUUCAGAACAAAAUGUGGUAGGACAGUCAAAUAUCUUAAGUUCUGAAACUAAACUUUUAAAAGAAAAACAAGGCAAAUGUUCUGGUUUUGCCAAAACAAAUAAAAAGCCCAGAAGAGGGCUUACUCUUAAGAGGCAGGAUUUGUCCCUUUCAUGGAUGAAGGCGCUGCGUGCAAGACCUUCAGCUUUUGCUUUAACCUUGUGUCUCCGUUAUCCUCCAAAAGGUUAUAAGCGGCGCACAAUUGGUAUGCAUAAAGCUUUCCUAUACAGUAGACAGGUACAAGACAUAAACCCCAAGGAAACUGGCCCUAUAAUAGCCAUAACACCAUUUGACUUCAAAUCAGCAUCUCCUGAUGAUAUUGUGAAAGCUAACCAAAAAAGAGCUUUUACAAGAGAGUAG